UCGUCGACCAAACGGCGGGGACGCCCAUUUUCUUGAGUUGGGCUGAUUACCUGUCGGGCCGAGGCCGGGACCUGCGUGACCCUCCGGAGGAGAUGCCGUGGGCUUAGAAGGCGCCGCUUCACAAGCCGAGGGGAGCGGGACGCUGGGAUUCUGCUUUCGUCCCAUCCCGCCAAGCGGCUCGGCCAUGGCGGUGCGGGCGGCGCUGAUGAGGGCGCUGAUCAUGGGGGCUCCGGGCUCUGGGAAAGGCACCGUGUCUUCCCGCAUCGUCCAGCACUUCGCCUUGAAGCAUCUCUCCAGCGGGGACAUCCUGAGGGAGAACAUGAACAAGAAGACCGAAAUUGGCAUACUGGCUAAGUCUUAUAUUGAAAAGGGGCAAUUGAUUCCUGAUGAUGUCAUGACCCAGGUGAUGCUAAGUGAGCUGAAAACACUUGAUCAGAACCAUGUGCUACUGGAUGGCUUCCCCCGGACUGUCCCACAGGCUGAAUCGCUGGAUAAGGUGUGCCCAAUUGACACUGUGAUUGUUUUAGAUGUGCCUUUUGAGACCAUCAAGCAACGUCUGACUGCACGCUGGAUUCAUCCUGCUAGUGGCAGGGUGUACAAUCUUGAAUUCAACCCUCCCAAAGUCUCUGGCUGUGAUGAUCACACAGGAGAGCCUCUUGUUCAGCGUGAUGAUGAUAAACCAGAAACAAUUAUGAAGAGAUUGAAAUCUUAUGAAGCAGAAACCAAACCUGUCCUGGAGUAUUACCGAUGAAAACACCAUAAAAGAAGAUAUUUUGCUGUUUCUUCACAGACAAGUGUUGGAGAGAAGAUCCAGUAGAUCUUCUGGCUAGGUAGACAUUCUAGUUGAUUGCAAUAAAGCAAUAUUAAAAAUUCCUACUGUAGAAGCAAACCUAAAUUUAAAUACUUUCAAAUUGCUAAUGCCAACAGAAAUAAAUCAUGUUAACCACUGUAAUUUAUACAUUCCUCUCAUGUAUCUUGGUGUUUUGCUUCAGACCUCAAUUAGCGUAGUAGUGCUCUACAAAAUUACUUAUAGGAUUCCAAAGAAACAAAGUUUAGCAAUCCAAUUCUAUGAAGAAUUUAGGCAUAUCUGAAGUUGUUACUUCAGAAACUCACACACAAAGAGAACCUGAAUGCAGAAAUUUUUAUACAAU